UGCAGCUAAUCAUGCCUUUGACUCUCCUUUGGCAGUGAAAGUGAAACCUUCGAGACCUGUCAGCAUUCUUGCUCGAACUAUUGAUUUACCCUCACAUCCCUCCCCCGAUCUAACCGCCUUCUCUUGUCGCAUCCUACGUCUGACCGCUCCAGUUCCAUGCAGGAUGCUUCAUGCAAUUGGAUUCGAUCUGAUUUGAGCCGCUUUAGAGUUUCGCAAUUUUUAUGGAAAGCAAAUACUUGAUUUGAUGUCCUGCUGGUUAUGGCUGCCGCAUCGCUCACGACGGCGGCCUCGCUCUUUACAGGCCCAGAAGUAGCGACUAAUAACACACCGUUGGUCAAUGAUAGCGCGACAUUCCGCCUGGCUCUUGACGGCACGGUCCAGACGCUGUCAACCCAAAAUGCACCCGACAAAGGUCCCAUUAAAGGUUUAUUUUUUGUUCCUGGUCUCGAUGAUAGCGACCCAUGCACCAAUGCCACGGCUCAAUAUGUUCCCGCAAAUGUCACUCGCUUCGAGGACGUGAAAACGUUCGGCUACCGCACCGUUGGGCUGGCGCCAUGGAUAAGCGCCGACUGUACGCAGUCCUUCCUGGAUUCCUCUCGGCGCGUCGGAACCAAUGCACUGGUCUUUUUCAUACCCUCUAGUAACGAUACCAAACCACCGGCGGAAGAUAGUUCGGUAUGGUCGUUGCGAGACCGGGAAUGGAAGAGGCGCAAUAAGUACCCGGUCUAUGCGAUCCCUGGCCCGGCGGGUGCGACCAUCAUGCGCCAACUAUCGUGGUAUUCGGGGAAUCCGAACCGUUCGCAUAAUGAUUCUACAGAGUUCUUGCAGGAAGGGCAAGGCGAGACGCGUUUAUUUGCCCUCAUUAAUAUAGAUAAAGGUGGAAAGAAAAUGCCCAGUCUCUGGGGAUUCAUCCUCGCGAUUGUAGGGACGGUACUGGUCCUCAGCGUCAUACUACUUCUCUGCUACCAGAUCGUGCAGAAGCGACGACGCGAAAGUUUACAGCGUCGAAUUGAAGCGGGGGAGGCGGAUAUCGAGCACCUGGGCCUUCACCAAGUGAAAGUAUCCCAGGAGAUUUUGGAUACGUUCCCAGUGUAUGCGUACCCAGAUCUGGAAGCUCUCAGCGACCGUGACGUCGAAUCGAGAUCGGGCGACGGGAUCUCCAUGCAGCCACUGGAUAAAGUGGAAGAGGAACCCGAGGAGUCACAUACAGAAAGCGAAACACAGAUACGAACAGAUGAGGCUGUCGGAGACAUUCAGAAAGGGGGGAAGGAGGCCGAAGAACAGGAGGUAUGCCCAAAUCAAAGAGAUGAUAUAUCAGCUAGCAGCGAACGCCAAACACCAACCACCGCGCCCUUUUUUCGGAACCGACUCAGUCACUCUCAAACAACCUGCGCAAUCUGCCUGGACGACUUCGUGCCCAACGUGGCCAUCGUGCGCGAGCUCCCAUGCGGGCACAUCUUCCACGUCGAGUGCAUUGACACGUCUCUGGAUCAGAAUAGCAGUCUUUGCCCGUUGUGCAAAAAGAACGUUGUUCCGCCAGGAAGCUAUCCAGUGCCCGUGACGAAUCGCAUGGUCCAUCUAGAUUAUAUGCUUCGAAGGACAACUCGAUAGUGCUUGGCAGUUACUAAUGUUUGAAUGAUUGAUAGAUACCCCCUUGUAUGAUGGAAUAUAAUCUCUGGUAUACAUAAUAUAAUACAUAUGUCCAAUCCGCU